GUCGCUUGAAUAAAACUGAAAGUCAUCUGUUCUGCCGUCAUCUGUCAUUAAAAAAACACGAUUGAGUGAGAAAGUAGUUCAAAUUCAAACAAUUUUAUAAUUUCCCUCCCUUUCAUUUCAACGGAUUAAAUUUCAUUUGUUUAAUGACACGUGGAUUACGAUAAGAUUACAGUGUUAAUUAUUCAAUUUUGUAUGUAUUAAAUGCUCUAUAAUACCAUUUUAUCAAGUUUAUUUAAAUACAAACCACCGAUAAGGAUUGCCGCUGCAAUGUCCACGGAACCUCUUAAUUUGGCGACAUUAAGUAAAUUGAAAGAGAAGUACUAUGAAGAUCCAAAGAAUGAACUGGCACAGAAUGCUUGCACUCGGUUCGAUCCAUUUGAAGUUGCCAUCAGACGGAGACAAGCUGACAGCACCUUGCAUGUCUAUAAUAUUAAGUUGGAGUCUGAGGGUAAGCCGGUGACCAACCAAGAGAACACAGGCCGGUGCUGGCUCUUUGCUGCACUCAAUGUAAUGCGUUUGCCCUUCAUGAAGAAAUAUGCACUCGAUGAGUUUGAGUUCUCUCAAGGCUAUCUAUUUUUCUGGGACAAAAUAGAACGGUCUCACUACUGGUUGAAUAACAUUGUACAGACAGCCCGCCAAGGGGAGGAACUGGAGGGACGACUUGUCAACUUUUUAUUAAAGGAUCCCAUCAAUGAUGGUGGACAGUGGGACAUGAUCGUGAACCUGGUCAACAAGUAUGGCCUUAUGCCCAAGAAGUGCUUCCCCGAGUCAUUCAGUUCUCGUCGCAGCCUGCAUAUGAAUGCUAUCAUCAAAACUAAGUUGCGUGAAUUCGCGAAGGAGUUACGAGACCAGGUGUGUGCGCAGGCGACGGACGCAGACAUACAGAAGACCAUCGACAAGCAGAUGGCCGUCAUAUAUCAUAUCGUUGCUACCUGCCUUGGUACUCCUCCGGAACAAUUCACAUUGGAAUUCUACAACAAGGAGAAAGUGUACAAUAACUUUGGUCCUCUCAGCCCGCAGGAGUUCUAUAACAAACAUGUUCGACCACUUUUCAAUGUUGAUGACAAGGUUUGUCUGGUGAGUGACCCGAGACAAUCUAAUCCCUUCGGCAACUUGUACACGCUGCAUUGCCUUGGCAAUAUGGUGGGCGGCCGGCAGACUGCGUACAACAACCAGCCUAUUGAGACACUCAUGAAGGUUGUCAAAGACAGUAUCCAAGGCGGCGAGGCGGUGUGGUUUGGGUGCGAGGUUUCCAAGAGAUUUGAACGUAAGAACGGACUUGAAGACUUGGAUGCGCAAGAUUUCAAGCUAGUGUUCAACACAGAAGUGCAAGUUGGUCUAAACAAGGCUGACCGGUUGAUGUAUGGCGAUUCAUGUAUGACACAUGCUAUGGUGUUCACCGCUGUAGGAACUGAUGAACAAGGAAAUCCAUUGAAAUUCCGAGUGGAGAAUUCUUAUGGAGACAAAGAGUAUGACAAAGGUUACUUGCUUCUUACCACGCCUUGGUUCAAGGAGUUUGUUUUUGAGGUUGUUGUAGAUAAAAAAUUCGUACCAGAUUCAGUAUUGGAGGUGUUCAAGCAAGAGGCGAAGGUGUUGCCAGCCUGGGACCCCAUGGGCACGCUCGCCUGUCCCGUGUGUUGCAAGGAUUAAGUAAAUUGUUGGGAAAAUAUAUUCAGAAGCUACCAAUCAAUAUUUUUUAGGGAAUCUCAAAAUUUAUAAUAUUUUUUGUUGUAUGCAAUGUACUUUUUUAGGAUUUUUUAA